UGAUGGAAUCUUGAGACUGCUGCUAUCGAGAGGAGCAGACGUGACUCUCAGUAACAGAAAUGGUUGGAACAGUCUCCUCCUGGCUAGUCGUCAGGGUCAUGUGUCGACUGUGAAAUAUCUGUUAUCACUGGACGUUUGUGAUAUCAAUAGGAGAGGCGGAUUGUAUAAGCAAACACCAGUUAUGGUUGCUGCUAAAAGUGGACAUUUUGAUGUAUAUGAUCUUUUAGUCCGUAAAGGAGUUGAUCUCUCGCUCGUUGAUGAUGACAAAGUAGACAGCCUGAUGUUGGCUUGUGAGGGUGGAAAUCCAGCUAUUGUGAAACACCUCCUAUCGCUAAAACAAUUUGACGUCAACAAAAGAGGAGUUCAUAGCAUGACAGCAAUCAUGAUUGCAACCGAAAAAGGAAAUUACGAUGUUUUUAAACUUCUUUUGUCAGAAGGAGCUGAUCUGUCCCUUCUCCUCAGAUUCAACCUAAACUGUCUGAUGUUGGCAUGCAAGGGAGGUAAUGUACAAAUAGUGAAACACUUGCUUUCUAUGAAAACCUUUGCAAUCAACAGAAGAGGCGGAUGGCAUGAAGAAACAUCUAUUAUGAUGGCAGCUGAAAGUGGACACUUUGACGUCUAUGCACUCCUUGUAUCCGAAGGCGCUGAAGUCUCACCAGAUAUUGGUGACAGAGGAGACUGUCUGAUGCUGGCAUGUUAUGGGGGGAAUGUGUCCAUAGUGAAACAUAUCCUGUCACUGAAAACAUUCAACGUCAAUAGAAGAUCAGGGUUGAGUAAUGAGACGCCACUUAUGGCUGCAAUCAUGGAAGGCCAUUUCAGUAUUUAUACCCAUCUUGUGUCAGAGGGAGCUGAUCUGACAGUUAUGAAUGACUACAGGACAAAUAUGUUGAUGCUGGCAUGCGUGGGGGGUAACCUGUCUAUCGUCAAGCAUCUUCUUGCCAUGAAAAUCUUUGACAUCAACAGCAAAGGAGGGCCAGAUAACAUGAGUGCGGUUCUGUUUGCAGCAGAAAAUGGACACUCUGAUGUUUUCGAUGUCCUUGUAUCAGAGGGCGCUGAUCUCUCAGGUACUCAACGAUACAACAAAAACUGUUUAAUGGUGGCAUGCACCAGUGGUAAUGUGAAUAUAGUUAAACAUCUUCUAUCAACCAAGUUGUUUGAUAUAAACGAAAGAGGCGGAUGGAACACCGCGACGCCAGUGAUGAUGGCUGCUAGACGAGGACACUACGAUGUUUAUCAUCUCCUUGUGACACAAGGUGCUGACCUUUCCCUAACGGACGUCGACAGCCAGGACAUUCUCAUGGUGGCGUGUAAAGGUGGUAAUCUGUCUAUCAUCAAACAUCUCUUUUCUCUGAAAGAUAUAGACGUAAACAGACGGGGAGGACACAAACGCCAAACUCCCAUUAUGUUGGCUGCUGAAAAUGGAAAUGUUUCUGUUUUUGAUCUUCUGGUGUCUGAAGGUGCUGAUCUCACACUUUCUGAUGUGGACGACAGAAACUGUUUGAUGCUGGCGUGCUACGGUGGAAACCUGUCCAUUGUGAAACAUCUCCUCUCUUUGAAAACAUUCGACUUCAACAGAAGAGGAGGGAAGUACAACCAAACACCACUUAUGGUGGCAAGUGAACGGCAACAUCAUCGUGUUUAUGCUCUUCUUGUGUCAGAGGGAGCAGAUCUGUCAUGUUUAUCUGGGAAUCCUGACCGUCACUGAAAGUAGGAAUGUGGUCAUCUUUAAACAAUCUUGAUUUUAUGAAUGGUUGACCAGACGUUGCUCUAACAUACACCAUAAAACCAUUUCACUGAUGUUAAAGCACCAUAUUAAACAUCACUGACACUAGGUGUGUACGUAUAGCUUUGAAUCACUUCUCAUGCUCAUUGGUUCAGUCAUAACACGAGGUGGGACACAAGAGUGCCGAUCACACAUUGUACCAAUGUCGAGAACCAGACCUGCACAUGGGCAUUCGACGUUAGGGACGAAUACUGCAACCACUUGCUGUACUGAAUGCUACCUCACUAAUGUUAUGUGUGGUUAACUGAACGUUGAACUAAGCGACACCACAAAUUUGAAAACUAAUUUGAAAAUAAUUUGUAAAGUUGAAUGGUUUUUUGCAUGUGCUUUUUGAAAUUUUGUUAAAAUUCAGUGAAAUACGGACGUCUCCGAAAGAGAUUGUAAAUUGUCACACAAAUCCGGUGAUUCACCAUGACAACCCAUGCUGGGGAAUUUCAUAGUUACCCAGUGGAAUGACUGGUGCUCAGAUCUUAUGUCGUGUGAUGUUUAUUCACAUGCGUCUCAUAGAAAUCCUGGA